CUAUAUGUAAAUAGCUAAUAAAUAAAAACAAAAUGUUAUGCCAUAUACAGAGAAGAAUUAUCCAAAGAUUUCCUCAUCAUUUACGACGAAAUUUCUUUCAAUUUGGCAGGGGUAAGAGAGAACUUGGACAAUGUGAGCAAAUCUUUGCGCCUGGUAAUCUUUCGCCGGAACGUGUUGUUCCUUCACACAUUGACAAACCCGAGUACUAUAAUAAGCACAUGGAACCCGGCAACACUUUGGGAACGCCGGAAAUAAAAACUAUCGAGCAACAGAAUGCCAUGCGAUUAAGUGGACAGCUGGCUGCUCGAAUCUUACGCGAAUGUGGCGAACAGGCUAAAAUUGGAAUAACUACGGAUGAAAUUGAUGCUUUUGCACAUGAGCGGAUAAUUGCAGCCAACGCAUAUCCGUCUCCUUUGCGAUACGCAGGUUUCCCCAAAUCAAUUUGUACGUCUAUCAAUAAUGUAGCUUGCCAUGGCAUUCCGGAUGAUCGACGAUUGGUCGAUGGUGACAUUAUCAAUAUUGAUGUGACAGUUUACCUCAAUGGCUAUCAUGGGGACUGCUCCAAGACGUAUCUCGUAGGCAAUGUUGACGAGCGUGGACGCUUUCUGGUAGAUUCAACUAGAGAGUGUCUGGAAAAGUGUAUUGCAAUAUGCAGCCCAGGUGUGCCAUUUAACAAAAUUGGUUGUCUGAUAGAGAAAUUUUGCCAAGAACGUCAACUGGAAUCAGUGGCCGCAUUUAUUGGGCAUGGAAUUGGGAAUUAUUUCCACGGACCCCCCGAAAUUUAUCACUUUCAUAAUGACUCUCCUGGCGAAAUGAAACCUGGAAUGACAUUUACAAUUGAGCCCAUUUUAUCACUAGGCGAUUCCAAUAUAGCGUUACUUGAGGAUGGAUGGACUGCUAUUAGUUUAGAUGGCGCUAGGAGCGCCCAAUUCGAGCACACUAUUUUGAUAACAGAAACCGGCUGCGAAGUUCUCACCAAAGAAAGCUAAUAGACAC